AUGCCCCAGAGUUGUGCAGAUAGGAGCAAAGGCAAGUAUCUAGGCAGCGAGUCACUGGCCAAGCAAUUGUGUUCAAGCAUAGCCAACCAGCCUAGUCCUAAUCCAUAUUUGAACCUAUCAUUGGUUGAAUACUGCUGGUCAAACGGCACAAUACCACCGCAAGACCACAGCAUAACGAAAUCAAUAAUGAUGAAUAGGCAAUACAGACUAAGUCAAGUAGGCCCAAUGAGAAAGAACUUGCUGAAGAGAAGUGAAAUUCACACGGCCGCCCUACGAAGAAAAGGCUGUCAGGCGAAGCUGAGAUUUUAUAGCUACCCCAGGACAGUAGAGAAAGCCAUUGUUUGGCACGAAGAGUUUGAAGAGGUCUGCCAUACCAGUGGCAUAUAUGAAGAUGGAAGUAAGGUUGAGUUUUUGGACGGUUUUGUGCCGUUUGCAUAUAAGCUUGCCAAUAUAAACAAACUAACAUUCAAGCAAGCCUGUGACGAGUUAAUCCGAAAACAGUUACAAGUCGAGGCAUUAGUCUCACAGCGCCCACCUUUUCAGUCCCAGUUCUGUCUCAUUAGUGAUUACAUGCAAGCGCUUGAUUUCUAUGAGCUACGCGAAAACAUUCGUGAAAGCACCCCCGAAGAAGUUAAGCCGAUAUUAAGAGCGAGGCAAUUCUUUGGCGGGCUGAGCAGAACAACCCAAUGGACUCUAGCAACAUGUGACAUCACAAGCGUGGAAGAAGCAAUCAAUUACAUUCAGGAGGAAGAGCUCAUUGCGCUAAGCUAUCUGGAAACCGGCACCCCGCCACAAGAAAGGCGACUGCAUUCAAACCAAAUGCAAGAUACCAGAUCCUGGAAACAGCUACGGGCAGUUUAUAACAGAUCACCAGCCAGCCAGAAUCGCCGGCCCCCAUUGCGACCAGAAGAACGGCAAGAAACCAGGCAGUACUGUGACCAUCACAGGAACAAUACACACAGUACCGAGGAGUGUAGGUUUUUGAACCGGCAUAGCCACAGGAAAUACAAAAGACCAGCUGCUCACCCCCGAAUGAACAGCAGCGACAAGAAACCAAGGAGUCAGGAGACCGAGAACAGCUAG